UUUCUCGAACCAAGCAAUUCUAAACUGGAUUAGGCCUACAAAUAAAGGCCAACUUCUCUGCACGUUUACACCUCGUUCCUUCCUUUCAAGCCUCUUGAAUGCACGCUACUCCCCUCUACCUUCUUCCUUCAUGGAUUGGCGGAAGCGGAUGACGAGCGCCGCAUCGGCGGAGGAGGACGAGAUGGCGCUGGUGAAGGCCGCGGCUUGGGCCUGGUACCAGCGCGGCUCCGGCAACGAGGGCCGGCCCGGCCGCGAGUUCGACAUCACCUGCGGUGGCGCCGCCCGCAUCCCCCGCCCCUCCCGCUACCAGCUCGAGGCCCUAGCCAAGGUCUCCGGAUCGCCGAAACCAGGCCCAGCAACGUCAAAUUCUCUCCUGGACCUCUACGAGAUCGAAAGGAUCACGAGGGAGCUCGACCGCCUCAUCGCGGCAAGCAGCGCCGCCGACAACCACCGCGCACGGCGGAAGGAGGUGGAAAAGAGGAAGGUGGUUGCUAGAAGGACGAGCGGGUUCUGGAUGCGGCACGCGGUGGCGAUUUGCGGGACGAGUGGGGACGUGGUGGAGGCGCGGGUGCUGGGCGGCCGGCGCCCGUCGAAGGCGGCCACCGUUGUUUGAGCCUUGGGAUCAUGGAGGUGUGAUAACCACGAGUGGUGGAUAAUUUUAAGUGCUGUGUAAUAAAUGCCAUGCCAAGAUACAAACAUGUGCACAAUGUAUAUAUAUAUGAUCUGAUACAUGUUUUAUAUUUUACUUGUAAUUUCCUUCUUUCUACCUAAGCGAGUGCAGCAUGGAAAUAUCUGUACUUUUAGAAUGGUGCCAACUAUUAAACAGUGACUGCAGGUUGGAUCCUA